AUGUCGUCCCGGGUAAAGUUACCGAAAGCGAAUCCUCAGGCCGAACUAGAUGCCGAAGCUUGCAGAGCGUUCGAACUGGCCGCUGAGGGAAGGAACAACGCAACACCGCAAGAACUCUCCGAACCCAAGGAACUGUACUUCCCCACCAAAAUCCGCGGCCUAUACACCUGCCCUACCAUAAAGUCUUUCCCCCACCACAUAGAAAUUGCGGUACAACAACCUGGAGCAACCAAGCAUCGCAUCGAAUGGUCAUCGUCUUGGGACGAAACAAGAAAGGCUCGCCACGACAGGAUCACCCUACCAACCUUGAAAGACGCCGCUGAUACAAGCGUCAACUGCCAUGGCAAACCCGGUGCACGUAUUCCUGGCAUCUUCGUUGCGAGUGAAGAGGUGGAGAAGCCAUUGCUGGUCGUUUGGACGCUGGAGGGAGGGACGAGGACGGGUAUAAUGAUUGAGCCCGUGGGUGAAGACGGUCAUUGGGAGAGGGGUGAGGCGGAGCAAGAUGGAUUCGUAAUGGUUCAGAUGCGUUGA